AUGGAAUUGAAUCUCGCCCGUCUUCACUGUGUUCUUCUGCAGACAAUUAUUGAGAAAGGUCAUACGUGUUCGAUUGAAGACUUGAGCAAGAUAUUUCAACGAUCACCACAUGAUGUCAUCCAGUGUCUACAUCAUCUUCAAGAAUAUCACGGUGUGGUAUUGCAUCCGAAAUCAUCCGAAGUCUGGAUUAUUCAUCCGUUCUCUUUGGCACCGACUAAUUUCUGGGUAGAAAGUGCCCGAGGAAAAUGGUGGGGCAACUGUGCUUGGUGUAGUUUAGGCGUUGCUUCCCUUCUCCAAGAAGACGUAACUAUUACGACGACACUUGGUGGUGAAGCGACUCAAAUUCAAUUUCAAAUCAAGAACGGAGAAAUCAUAUCUGCUCAGCCACUUUUUGUUCAUUUUCCAAUACCGAUGAAGAAUGCUUGGGACAAUGUAAUAUUUACAUGCAGUGUCAUGCUAAUCUUUACUUCAGACUUAGCUGUCGAUGAUUGGUGUCAACGACAUCGUUUACCUAAGGGAGAUAUUCAACCAAUCGAAAAAAUUUGGAAAUUUGCUCAAGCCUGGUAUGGAAAUCAUCUACGUGAAGAUUGGAAAAAAUGGACUGCUGAAGAAGCUCUAUCCAUUUUCAAUCAAUUCAAUCUCACCAAUAACAUUUGGCAAAUUCCUGUCGCCAACGUUCGAUUUUGA